AUGUCAAAAGUGGCAUACACAAAUGUACCUCAAAAUCAACAUGAUGAUGAUGAGAACCUACAAGACAAUGACUCUCUCGAGAUUGCAAGAUUAGAUUCAUUUGAUUAUGAAACACAAGAUAUUACAAUAGAUCAUGAAGAUACUUUAGAAGAUUUGGAAACAUUUCAAUUACCAAACCUAAAUGGAUCAAACUUGAAAAUGGCAUUCAUGAACAUGGCAAACUCCAUUUUGGGUGCUGGUGCUAUAGGUGUCCCUUUUGCCAUAUCAAAUACUGGUAUACUAGGUGGAAUUAUCGCGUUGAUAAUAUUAACAAUACUGGUGGAUUUCACAUUAAGAUUAAUUAUUAUUAAUAUGAAACUCGCUGGUAAAAAUGGUUAUCAAGAAACUGUGGAUCACUGUUUUGGGAAAUGGGGUAAAGUACUGAUCAUUGCAGCCCAAGGGCUUUUUGCUUAUGGUGGUAGUAUUGGAUUUUGUAUAAUCAUUGGUGACACGAUACCACAUAUAUUAAGAUCAUUUUUCCCAAAUUAUGCUGAUAAUGGGUUUUUAAGAUUUUUAUUUGCAAGAAAUACCAUAAUUAUAUUAGUCACAGCAUUCAUUUCUUUCCCAUUAUCAUUGAGUAAAGAUAUUUCAAAAUUAGCUAAAGCUAGUGCAUUAGCAUUGGUGAGUAUGCUUGUCAUUAUUACUGUUGUUUUAGUUAGAGGUCCAAUGCUUCCAGCUGAAUCUAAAGGCACAUUAACUACAGAGUAUUUCCUAAUAAGGCCAAGUUUCUUUCAAGGGGUUAGUGUUAUUUCAUUCGCUCUUGUUUGUCAUCAUAAUACAGCAUAUAUUUUCCAUUCAUUGAAAAAACCAAGUUUGAAUAGAUUCAGUCUAUUAACACAUCUAAGUUGCUUAGUUUCACUUGUUGCAUUAGCCUUAAUUGGAUUUGGUGGAUUUGGAGCUUUCAAAAGUGCCACAAAAGGUAACGUAUUGAAUAAUUUCCCUGGUAAUGAUCUAGUUGUUAAUAUUGCCAGAUUUUGUUUUGGAUUCAAUAUGUUAACCACAUACCCAUUGGAAAUUUUCGUUCUAAGAGACGUUCUGAGAGACUUAUGGUAUAUUAAUCAAGAAUCAGCUCCACCAAUGACUUACAAAAGUCAUUUCCUGUAUACAUUGGUUCUUGUGAUUUUCACAAUGGGUAUUUCAUUAAUGACAUGUAACUUGGGUGCGUUAUUUGAACUAAUAGGUGCUUCAACUGCUUCUGCAAUGGCUUAUAUUAUCCCGCCAAUGUGUCACUUGAAAAUGACUGGAUCAUCAAAAACUUGGUUACAAAAAUCACCAUAUAUAGGUACUAUUGCUUUUGGUUUUGCAGUUAUGUUCAUAUCCUCAACACAAACUAUCAUCGCUGCUGUGAAACAGAAAGAUUCAUCACAUUGCGCUGUAUAA